AUAAAGCGGUGCGUGUGAGUUCGUUCAAUGUAUGUUUUGCUUCGUUCACUUGUGUUUUUUCUUCUUCAUGCAUACUCUUCUCUCUUCACACCAGUGACGUCACCAAAAGAUAUCAGAAGCGAAAGAAAAAUGGAGAAAUAAAAGUCGUAAACAACAAAUUUGGUGUAAAAAGUGAAUUUUCAGCUGAAUUUCUGCAGAAAAUUUGAUCUCGGAUUACAGUUUCAUAUGAAAAAUGCCCAAUCUGAUGACAUAAAACGCCGUACGUGUCAUUUUAAAGUGGUGAAACAACAAAAUUUGUGUAUAUUUCGGGCCCGUGAGCAAGAUUACGCGCUAAUUUAAGUACAUGAAACUACAGUAGAACAACAACAACAACAAUAACAAAAACCAGCUACUGAAUGUGCAUAUUUUAGGCGACGCAGUUUUUCUGUGCCACAUUGUGAUUUUAUUCAGUAAUUAUUCGACCUUAGAACGAAUUAGAAUCGAUUAUAAUUUUGAUUACUUAGAUAUUUAUCCACGCGUGAAGUUGAAGUUGAACAUUUUUGCGAAAUUGACGCAAUAAACAAUAUGGAGCACAGUUAUUCAAAAGACGUGCAUCCAAAAGGAAAUGUUGAAGUGAUGGCAACCCGUUCUAUUUUGAUCCCUCGACCUCCUCAGUGUCCGUCAUGUUAUCAGCACACAUCAAAUGAUGACAUUUUGGCCAAAAUGGAAAAUCAUCAAUCCGACCCAUAUUUUGAUCAAUUGCCGCCGGCCAUCAAUGAUAACAUUGCAAAAAUGGCAAUGGAAGAAACCGAACGCUUAACCAAAAAUGUGAAGAAUAACAAUGCCGACGAUGAAGAUUGGGAUUUGAAAGUGUCCAAGUUGGGGUGGUCAAGGCAGCAAUUGCAACUGUAUCGCCAGGUGGCAAACAUUCUUGACCAUGACCAAUUGGCGCGCUUGGCUGUGAGUGGUCGCCCAAACGAAGGUAUUAUCAGGCGAUGCAGUAUUGACAAAUCGGUAGCACGAACGCGUUUGGCUCUCGCAUCGGUGCACUGGAAUACCGAACUAACAAAAUGGUUGAACUCAGUCAUGUUUACAUACUUACCACCCACGUAUAUGGCUUCAUAUUUGGAUAUUUUACAAUCGCUGCGGGCCAAAGUGCCAACGCUAGUUGACAGAAUGCUAGAUGGCCGGCCGGCAUCUCAGGACUAUUUGCAAGCGAUUAUGAAACGGCCAUGGGGAGCAAAUGUACCGACCAAAUCACGAAAAUUACCCGGACAAUCGCCAAUUAUUGUCAUUGUUCCGUCAACACUGAACAGUACCACUCAGCAACCGUCGCCAAGAAUGAAACGCUGGUUUUCACUUCUCGGAACAAUGGCCAGUACGGCACCUAUUCAGCAUACGGUGCGACCGUCACAGUCAUUGGAAAGUGUUACAGAGCAAUUGAUAGCAAUAACGAGGUCAAAAAUUCAAGAUCUGCGCAACGAAAUGCCUAACCGACACAUUAUUUUGAUCGGUAUAAACUCCGGAGCGGCUAUUGCAAUGCAAGUUGCAUUGGUCGAAACGGUUUCAUCGAUCGUGUGCAUGGGAUUUGCAUUCAAUACAGUAAAAGGCACCCGUGGUGCACCCGAUGAUAAAAUUCUAGAGAUCACAACACCAGUUUUAUUCAUUCUUGGCGAAAAUUCCGCGAGAUCGAGCCAAGAAGAGAUCGAAUCUCUGCGCGAACGGAUGUCGGCUCAAACGUCUUUGGUCGUCGUUGGAUCAGCCGAUGAUGCACUGCGUAUUAAUAAGUUCAACCGUCAUUUGGAAGGUGUCACUCAAUCAAUGGUUGACAACAUGAUUGCAGAUGAAAUUCAAGAUUUUGUGUCAACGUGUAUCGUGAAUCCACCAGGUCCGCGAAAGCUGUCAAACCAUUUGAAUAAGCGAUCAAUUGGAGCUUCGUCAACGAAAAAACAUGAAUCUACACGAAAACGUAAACACAAAGACAGUUCCAAAGCUGAUAAGGGCCCACCUCGUAAAGUUGGUCGUCCGCGUUUGAAUCGAACAAAUGAAGUUCCAUCUGGAGAUCUCACACCCAAAAAGCCAAAGCCAACGCAAGCGCUACUAAAACAAAGCAAUGAAUCAAUCAAAAUGGCUGUUCAGAACAUUGUUCCAGUGAAUGAAGUGCCGACCCUGUCGAAUGAAGUGGUAACAGUUACCACAAGCGAAGCGACAGCUGCUGUGACUCCGAUUGCGGUUACAAAUCCGGUUCCGGCCGCAAUCGACAAUGGUAUUCCUGUAAAGGUCAGCAAUACUCAAGAGGUGAAAACGAUUGAAAAUGAUACAAAGUCCGAAGUACCGGUUUCACAGCCAAAUGUUGUUUUGAUACCGGUGGUAACAACAACAACAACGACAACACCACCACCAAAAGUCAUCCAGCCAAGCACUCAAUUCGUUCAAGUGAAGCCACCAACAACAACAUCGGGUCGUGUUCAAUCGCCGAAUGUAAAGAACUUUUUCAUUCGGAAGGGUAUUGAAAAACAGCCGCCUACUCAAAUUGUCGCAUCGCCGACAUUCAUAACGACACAAGGCACCCCAUCAACACCAUCUACGCAAGUCAGUCAAUUGCAUGCAAAUAAAAAGAUCAUCAUAAAAAGUCAACAGAUUCUCGUCCCGGCCAACAAUGUGAAGCAAAACCCGGGCCAAAUCAUUCAAAUGUCCAGCCAACCAAAUAUUGCUACUUCGCAAGGUCCAAUUCCGAUCAAUGCGAAUGUCAUUGAAUCCUCAGCUACCGACUUAUCUGGCAUUCUUGAUCUGCCAAUUUUGUUUGCCGAUAAUACGAACGAAAGUGCAGUCAUCGAUCAAACACAAAUUUUCAAUACAACUUGUGCGUCGAACAUUCAACUCUUGAAUACAUCAGUUGAUCGAAAUGCCCAGAUUGGAUCUCCGGCGAAUAUUUUCUUUAGCACGGCCGAUGGUAAGCUACCAAAUCGACCGGUUGUGAUUAGUGCGGCCAAAAUGACCAAACCAUUACAACAAACGACAAUCGCAACAACGGUCACGGCACCAACAAGCAAUAAGGUGAUUUUUAUCAAUCGAAAUCAAAUCAGACCUCAAGGUGUCAGUGGAACGCAAAUGGUCAAAGGAUUGCCCACACUCAAGCUGGUGCCUACCUCAUUGGCCACUUCAGUUCAAUCGUCUCCAAUCACACUGCAGGGAAAUCACAUAACAAAACUGUCGCCGGGCACAAAAUUCGAUUUGUCUACAUUGAAAUUGGUGAAAAAUCCAUCGCAAAAUGUUUCCGGCAACAUAAUGAAGCCGUUGAUAAUCAACAAAGCGAUGCAGGGCACAAAAAGUGCUAUUGUAAUCAAGUCACCGAUCACCGGAAAUAUGCAAACGCAUCCGGCAGUUAUCAAAGCAAAUGUAUUGAAUCGAAAUAUUACGGUGAAAAAGGUGAUGAAUAUGGUACCGGGCGUAAAACCAAUUGCAAGCUCACCGAUUGCCGUUUCAUCGGUCAAUUCAUUGCCAAUACAAUCGAGUGCCGCAAGUACGAGUACGAUUUCAAGUACAGCUACUGUAUCAAAUACAUCUCCGGUUACUGCAUCAACACCGACAAAAACAACCAGAAAAACAAGGAAUUCCAAUUAAAUGGUGUUUUAUUAUUAUUAUCCAUGUAUUAAGUUGCUUCGGAAAAGUUUCUCUGUGAAUUUUCGUACAUUUUUAACAUUUUUUUAAAUGUUUGCCAUUUCUUGGCGUAUAGCUUAAGAUUUAACUCAAUUUUUAUUUUGAAUGUUAACAUUCAAGAGUGAAGAAAGAAACUUGAAUAAAACGAAUCGACGUUUGAUUUAAUCUGCACA